AGAUUUAUUAAUUACAUUUUCUUUCUAUUGAAACAUCACUAUUCUUGCUCUCCGGACCGGUAACGUGUAAGGCUUUCGGACCGAUGCCGGUCCACGGACCGAGGUUUGGGGAACGCUGCUCUAAGGCACACAAAAUAAGGGAGGGAAAACCCGAUUUUAUUUUGCCUACUGAUCUUCAAAUUGAAAAUGUUUCAGAAUGUGUCUAGUAUUUCAUGUAAGACAUUGUAACGCUAUAAACUUUAUUGGAAUAUUUUAUGACAUUAAACAAACCUUUUAAACAAUAUAUUACCUUUAAUUAUGUGUCACAAAUAUGGGGUUACCUAAUUAUUAUAAUUAUAAUGUUAUAAUUAUAAUAUAUAAGGUAAUAGGGUUAGGGUGUGUUUAAAAUUAGAAGGAUACAAACAGGAAGCUAGGCCUUAUUAAGAAAACUUUGGCAAGCUCAGGUGACCCCCGGGCUACAAAAUCCAAAUUCAUUUCGUUAGUCGUACUCCACGGGAUCGCUGGCACCUUUAUUGUUAAGCCUUACAGAACCUACCGAUUUAGAGAAAUAAUCUCUCUUUGCAGUCUAAGACAUUAAACGUUAUUACAAAAACUAGAUAUUACCAGCCAAACAAUGGCGACGGGAUUGCGUGAUAUUGCCAUCUACCAUCGUAUUUCACCAAACAAGCAUUCAAGUAACGCACUUUAUAAGUAAGCUAAUUUGUGCUAACUUUGGGGAAUUGUAUGCGUUUCGUCUAUUGAACACAGUAUUAAAGAACUACCUGCAUAAUUAGAGAAUUAAGAUUUGUGAUGAUUCUAAAAAUAUAUCAAUCAAUAACAAAGAUUUAAAUAUAUAAAAAUAAUACUUAAAAGGGAUAUAUUUUUUUUCCACAUUUGUACAUUUCAUAAAAAUGGUCAGGUCUCUCAAAUAUCCAAUAAUUGGAAUCUAAAGCCAUUAUAUGCUUAUCAUCAAACAAAUCUUAGAGUUCCUGUUAUCAUUAUAUGUUGUGAGUUGAAGAUGUUUCUUUUCCUUGUACAAGUAAUACAUAGAACAUAAUAAAUUCAAGUUUGUCUUCGACGUAAAAGUUGUAUGCAAUUUCGUUAUAGAAUAAAAGUUUUUAAAAAGUAUGUAUACUUAUACAAACUGGUAUUAAAAUAUAUAAAUAUAACCAUUUAUUUAAGAAAAUGUUUGUGUCAUUCAUAUUCUACACAUGAUAUCACAUAAAGGGCAUUGAUAUAACUGGACCCAGGGAAGGAGGCUGGGUCACCUUUACGAGUAAAAUGUAAAACACGUUACUUCAAACUAACUAAACCCUUACCAUCCCUCAUGUAUCUGUCCUUUGGCUCUAUUCUCCUUUUAUUAUGCUUCCUUGUAGUGUACCCAGAAAUUUCAUAGCUUUAUGAUAACUCGACUCAUCGGUCGUUAUGUUUAACAUAUAUAUAUAUAUAUAUAUAUAUAAAAACAUCUAUUUAAAAAAAAAAAAAAAAAACUUAGAUGGCCAGAUAUGACGGCCUCUGCCUCUACGCUCAUUAAAUUCCUCACACUAACACAGAGGAGCCACGACUUGACAAUACUCUAAGUACAAUAUUCCCAAAACUAACACAGUGAAAUUCUAGAGUGCCAUGUGACAUUAGGUGGCUGGGAAUGGGCAAGAUUAGCUAUGGACAUUCUUUGCCUUGUAAAGAUGUGUCUUAACAUCUGCGAUCACGAUGUAGUGACAAAUAGUCAACCGAUGCUAGAUAUGUGUUGGCAAAAGCCAAAGAACCUAGAGCAUGUACGUUAGGUUAUUGCCUCAGUUAUCUAUGCUCGCUUUGCCUGGUUUAACACAAACGGUGUUCUGAUUUCUCUAAAAGCAAAGGGCCAAGAUAAUAUUCAUAGUAAUGGCCAUACUGGACAAUAUGCACGCCUCAUCGUAUUAAUAUGCAAUGUAAAAUUCUUACAAUUUUAGAAGAAUAUUUUUGAGCUAUAAACAAAUUUCCAUUACAUCUGCUCUUCUCGCAUUGGUAAUCUUGAAGAAAGCUCGAUAAUCAAUCUAGUAUUUUAGCUAGAAAUCACAGGUACAGUUAAUAAAAAAAAUUGCUUGAGAGUUGGAUAGCGUGCUGAAGAUCAACUCAUCUUUCGGAGUUAUAUUCUAAAUGAUUCUAAAUGUUUCCAAGAAAGAACACGUACCACAUCUAUCAUUUUUGACCUUUAGAAUGAAUGAUUGUUAGAAAAUUCAGAAAUGCAUUGCAAGCAUUACGAAUAUUUCCAAUUGUUUAUUACUGAUUACACUAUCCAAACUAAACUAAAAAAUUCCACUCCAAAAAGUUGAUCUUGUGACGUGGCGUACUUGUAAGGCAUACCUAGCAUACUAGUAAGUGUAAGGGGCAAGGGGUCUUAAAGGCUGAGCGCAGACUAAGAAAAAUUGACAUUUAAAAACAAAGACAAAGACAGUAUACAUAUAAACUAACAAGAAACCAAAGAUGCUGAUACACAUUUACCUAGCUUGUCGGUUGUUGGAAUGAUAAGAUAGAUACAAGAAGUUGUCUAAAACUAAAGGAGGUUACAGGAAGUGAAAGAAUUCACGAAAAGUUGAUAUAAAAAAAUACUUUUUAAAAAUCAAUUCGGAAUUCACAAUGAAUAUGAAAAUAUUAAUUAAGGGAAAUUAAUGUCUACUUUGUAGAGAAUAUUUGAUUAAUUAAAUAUAGCUAUCUGGUACAAAAAUAUCGAUUUCUUUAAAUAUUGUUCUUCACUCUCAUUGGCGUAUCGUAAUAAGAACUGAACGCCGAUGUGGAUACAUCGGAUAUGUAUUUUGUUUGUUAUCUUUAAUGUCCGAUGAGCAAAGAUAUUGUUUGUUAAGUAAAAUAUCACAAAGAUGUGCACUGAAUCGCAUUCGAGCCACAAGUAAAUAAAAAGUUUUAGAAGCUCAUUAUAAAGAGCCUAGAAUGCUAUAUUUAUUACGUCUGAAAAUUAACACCUUCCCUGAAGCAUACGUACUUUAGCUAACAUUACAUUAGAUACAAGGACACAUCACUAUACUGGCAAAUACGAGAGCAGAUAAUAUGGCAUAACUGGAAGCAAAUAAUGGAGAGCUCAACAUAACUCCAUCUCUAAAUACGGCCAAUCAGAUUAUGAGAGGUGUUUAACAAAAAAGUUUUUUUUUUUUUUAAUAUUAGGUAGUGAAGAGUUUUGGUUAUAGAUUUCAACAAUGAUGUAUUAAUUAAAUAUUAAUAAAAAUAGAUUAUGAUACAAUUUAGAAUGAAGCUAUGCAUGCAAAUCUAAUUUAAAAUAUAUCUCUAAUUAAAAAAAAAAUAUUUUUUAAAGACUUAAUUAUGUUUCUUUUUUUAAAACAUAAAAUUUAGCUUUAAAAUCUAGCGAAUUUAUGUUAAUAAGUGCUAUCAGUUUUAAAUAUGAAAGCAUCUAUAAAUAAGGUUAAUAAAGAUUUGAAUUUGUAUACUCUUUUUUAAAAUGUAACUUAUUUUCUUAUUUCAGGUAAUAAAUUGUUUAUAUUUACCACUGGGUUCAGUUUUGCCUUGUUUCUAAAAUGGUGCUUUGUUAAAUUCAAACAAUAUAAUCGUAGCCUCAAGUCAGAAGUUAAUUCCCGAUCAAUAAAUAAGGAACCGUUACGCCUUAUUAUUGUUGGUGGCUCAAAAAGUGGAAAGACCUGGACACUUAAAACUUUAACUCGAAAUGGACGUCACAUUACUGAGGAGUCCUUUGAAUAUCAAAAUUUAAAAUUCAUUCGUAACGAUGAUGCCUUUGGAUGGAAAAUUAUUGGUGCUACAUGUCAAAAUGUGUCGGACUUAUUUUGUAAAGAUUCAGAUGGUUUAAAACUAUUUCUUACAAACUUGGGAUACAUUUAUAAGAUUUUGGAUAAUUUUCAUAUUGUUGUAUUUUGUCUUUCUUUUAAUAAUUGUCUGAGUCAUGAAUCUAAGGAAUACAUUGAAGCACUUAAAUCAGUUUUAGGACAAGCAAUCAUUGAGAACCAUGUGAUUAUUGCAAUAACAAACGGAGAAGUUUUUGAGGAAUCAAAAAGAACAGGUGGUUUCAAUAAUUUUGAAGAUUGGCUGAAUAGAUUGGAACCCAGUGUUUUUAAAGAUGUUGUAAAGGAGUGCAAAAACCGUUGUGUUUUGCUGCAUACUAAGACAGAAAAUGAGGAAACUGAAAGGGAACAGGUUCAAAGAUUUUUUUUACUUUGUAAGGAUGUUGUCUGGGACAAUGCAUGCCUGAGACUGAGCGAUGGAGUUGAUGGUAAGUUGAAACAUUCCUAUGCCUUUAUAUCAUAAUACGAUUAGAUUUGUUUUGAAAGUACGUCAGCAUAUUUUUCUUUUUCAGCCGUUCACCAAGUAAGACUUUACUAGAAAUCUUAAAAUGUCACGUGUGUGAAAAAGAAAAUAAAAGCUACGAACACAAGAACGAUAGAUAGAUGCAAAAUGUUCCAAACACAAGAUGAAAAUGCACGCAGAGAGAAAGUCUUUAAAAAUCAAAAUGUAAUGCCUAAAUGGUGCUUUUAUUAAUCUGCCGCCCCAUUUACACAAUGUAAGGCUGCUAAUAAUAAAUGAAACAUAAUGUGUGUAUAGCUAUCGGUUAAAAAUAUAGUUUGGAAAGAAAUGUUAUUGGAAACACCACGGCCUAACUCAAUUAAAAAAAUCGACGCUCAGAUAUAUUUAACUCAACACUAUCAGUUUACAAUACCAAGGGCCUGGUAUUUAAGCGACCAAAAAUUAUGAUGUGAAAACGAGGUAUUUAUGUUCUUAAUAAAACAUCAACCCGUAUAAAGGCAGGGGCUUUUCAAAAAAGACUUGCGGAGUCUCUGAUUACAAUCAUGUUGUACCUUUCAUGUUUUAUGAUUCUGAACGUGUCCAUGAUGGUCCACAAAUGUUAUGACCUCAGAUUAAAAGAUAUUCUAUUUCAGAUCCGUUUAGAAGGUUCUAGCAUGUAUUUUAUUUUGAAUAACCAAAGCUUUACAAGAAGGCUUAGGUUAUAACGCAAGCGUGUAUGUAAAUUGUUGCAUCCUUCGAAACUUUGUAUAUAUAACACUUAUAAAUUUCGGUGGCCUUAAAACGUAUUCUUUUUCUCCUUCUAUAUAUAAAGGGCCCACGAUCAAUACAUUGAUCAUUCUGGCUCCUAUGUAUGUAGAGGGGAUUCGCAAUGUUUUUGUGCCUGGCAUUAAAGAGGUUCUUUCACGGGUUGAAAUGGCUUCACAGUGAGGUGCGAAUGGUGGCUCUGCGUGUCUGUCUGCAUUUUGACUCAGUGCUAUUCGGAUGUCAUUUGUUGUAUUUUAUUUUAGUUAAACUGAAGAAAUAAGUUUACACACAUAUCGUCCAUUCAAUUAUCUUUCAUUUCAUACCUCAUUUCGUCUAACAAACCCAACAAUAAAAUUUUAAAUAGUUUUUUAAUCCCCACCUCUCACUUCUGGAACCCGGUUAAGAAUAGUCGCAGCCUUCUAGAAAAUAGAACGUCAUAACAGGAAUGGGGGCUGUCCAAUAAUUCUGUGAAAAAUGCUUACAUGUUUUCUGUUUAAGAGCAAUAUAUACAAUGUUAAUAUACUAUUUUUUAUUUUCCUACAAUUUAUUGAGUCAAUGAGUUACCAUAAAAAAGGAGAAAAAUAAUAAUUGUAUGGACAUUUGUAGGGGAGGGUGUGGCUAACGUUUUUUAUUUUAAAAUUUGCAUGCCAUGCAUACUGUUGUUGUAAGUAGAGCCGAAAAAAUAUGCAUCUGCUGUUAGAAGUUACACUGAUAAAAAAAAUACUAUAAUCGGCCGUUUACUAUGAACGCAUGUAUAAUUUGUUUCUUUUAUUAAUUUGAAAUUUUCUCUCGCAACAUAUUAUGCAAAACGUCUUAUUUAAUAUCCGUAUAUAUUUUCAAUUAAGACUGUUAUAUAGAGUUUGUUUACAUUAUUUUUCUCGUGCGUGCACUCUGAUUGACCCCGCAUGAGACAAUGUGUUCACAGAUGGGUGUGGCCUAGUCGUUUGAUCUGUCGUGUUGAUGCCGACAGCAACUAAAAAUAAUUAAUCUGUUCCAAAUAGUAUUUUGUAGAAUGACUGUGAUUGUUCUUGAAAUGCUAUGUAGCUUCUCGAAGGCAGGGCUUAGGCAUUUGUGGACCCACCUAUAUAAAGGAUUAACCAUCUCGGAAAGGACGGAGAUUCAGAUAGAUAUUAUUAACUUUAACCCACCACUGAACCAACUACACUAUGUCUAAUAAACUACGAUUUGCGUUGUGCGCACUCCACCCUUUAAAUGUUCAUUGUUACAUAUCCGCUUUUUAAUCCAACGGUUAGGGCACAUUCGUUAGCAUAAGGAAACUUCGAAAUAACGUAAAAAAAUGACCUGUUAAUUAUUACAUAAAGUUAUGUUUUAAAAAUUACACGAAAAAGAAACUUCACACUGAUCUUUAAUUUAUUUGUUUUGAUAAAUGCAAUUUAUAAAAUAACUAUUAAUAAAAAUUAUAUCAAAGACAAAACUAUUAGUACCGCUAACUACAUUACAUUUUAGACGACAAUAAUUUUUAAAAAAAUAGACAUAAUAAUUUUUUUUUUUCAAAGAUUAUUUUAGAUUGUUAUCUAAUUUUCAUUUAUGUUGUUAUUUUAUUUUCAGCUAAUAUUUUCUCACCUCAGGCUUUGACAUUAAACUUUCCAGAUAUUGGUUUAAUAGGCUCAGAUGUGGGAAAAGAAAGGUAAAUAAAAUAACGUCACUUUUGUUUCUAAAAGAUUUUUCAAUUGUUUUGACAUGUGAAAGGUUUCUUAAAUUUUUGUACUUUUAAUUGUACAUAUUCUGAGCAAGAUGUUCAAAUAAAACAUUUUUAAAAUCGAUAAAUGACCUAUAUUUUUUAUAAAGAUAACUCUAAAAUAAGAAAAUCUGACACUCUUAUCAUAUAUAUAUUUUUUUUAAAGGAAGAACCGUUGGAGUAAGUGAAUUAUUUUUAAAAUGAUGAUUUAUUUGACGAGAAUACUAAUGAUGGAUUUUUUAUUAAUUUUUUUUUUAGUUUUAAAAGAAUGAGAUAUGUAUCAUUGCCUUUUAUUGAAAUCAAUAAACAAUGAUUAUAAUAAAUCUAUUUAAAUUAGUAUAGCUGUUCCAGACAACGUACAGCGGGAAAAUAUUCACGCACUUGGGCCUAUAAUUAAAAGACCGCUAAUUAUUUUUUUUAGGAAAAGAUCCCAAUCUAAUAAUUAAAUAUUCUUUGAAUGAAAAACAGGUAAAUGUGGCAUUUGGCUGUGAUCAGAACGUAAGAUUCUAAACAUGUUCUUAUAAAUUCCUAGAUAAUAAACUAUGACUAUUUACAUUUAGAAAUAGCAUGUUAAAAAGGAACUAAGAAUACACGCCCACAUUGCUCUGGUAAUCUUCGCCUGAACAUCACGAAAUGACAGCUUUAGACCCUAUCUCAACUAACAUGGCUGUCUAAUUGUAUUUACUCAUCACUAUCAUUUAAGAAAUCAAUAAAUAUUUUCACUAUGUAUUAUCUGAUAUCUAAAUAUUAUCCUUUACCAAUGUAAAAUCAUAAUUUUUAUUUAAAUAAUUCGGUCAUUAAACACAAUGAAAACUUUUCCCCCCAUUUUAAAAGAUUAAAAAAAUAAAGCAUGUGUCAAUUCUAUUACAGAAAACAAAAAUAUUCGUCAUCGACGAGUAGUUCUGAUGAAAUGAGUUGCUCUGAUGAAUUUGAUGAUUAUUUUCUGGAUAUGACAGAAUGUAAGUUAUUGUAACUUUUUAACUAAAAUUUAUAUUAAGAGAAUUUUGGGGCUCGCCUUUUCAGGUAAUAUUCAAUCUGGGGACGGCCAAAAGCCAUGAUUUAAAGACGAAUACAACAUUUAAAAGGGGAAUUUUUUUUUUUUAAUGAUGUUGGCAAAAGUCAAAGUUUUAAUCGUUUGUCAAUUUAAAGAGAGAAAAUGCCCAUUGCAGAAACAAAUUUUAAAAAAAACAGGUCAAUUAAGAUAGGUUAACUAUAAAAAUACAUAAGAUAAAAACUUAAGUUAUUUUUUCAGUUUCAAAUUAUAUUCCAUUGGAAUAUUUAAGAAUUUUCAAAUAUUUUACAUUUAAAUUUUCAAAAUUUGCAACCCCCCAAAAAAUGAUCUUUAAUAUUUUACACGUGGGCGUACUACACAAUACUAUACAAAGUCACGUGUUAAUAAAGAAAAAGAUGCACAUCGAUAUCUAACUAAAUGUUUAUUGAUAAGUGCACUGUAAAAAUAAUCAUUGAAAUUGUUACCAAAGACCAAAAUAAUAUUAACUAGUUUCUGUCCACCAUAGCAAAAGGCGAUGUACGAAUAGAAACGGAAAACUGUGAGAAUAGAAUUCAUGAGCCAAGAAGAAAGACUCACCUCAUAAAGACGCAGUUAUUUUUGCCGGAGACGACAGAUAAUGAGUCAAAAGAUCUAAUUGUAGAAAAAGCCACGUACAACUGGUUGUUGUAGAUGAACGCAAAUCUUUUCAAACGUUUGUCCUUGGCCCUUGUUGAUAGUCAUUGAGAAGACUGCGUGGGAAUUGAGAGUGCUUAAAUUGAAAUUGGGAGAUUUUUGUCGAAAGAAGAAGAGAGAUUAUAGGAAUGAACAAUUAGAAUGAAAAUCAGAAUUUUUGAUAGCGAUCAUUUUGAAUUCAAUAAUAUUUUAAUGAAUUCGGGUAACGAUGAGUCUGGUUCCAUUGCAAAGACCUCUUAAAGGCAUAAUAUUGCGAGGAGCAUAACUUCGGCCGCCACCUUCAGAUCAAGGAUAUUUGGAGGCAUGACGGUUGGUGAAAGGGUGUGUAAAGACUUCUAUGGGUACUUGAGUUGAUCAUUAGGAUCAUCACUAACCACUGUAUAUACACUUUUGAAAGUCACUUUAUCAACCUACAUAAGAUCAAUAAAUUUGUUGUUCAUGUGAAUCGCCGUUUGUGACGCUCAGCAUUGCUCUUGAAGCAAGUUCUUGGGAAGUAACAAUCGAGAAAUUAAUGCCACUACAAUGUUGAGCCACCCGUGGUCGUAAACAAUAAGGAGAUAGUUUUGCCGUGUCUACAAUUUUACCGUCCCCAACUUGAAGAAUCCAUUGAAAAAACUGAGUUUCACUUUCAAAAUAUUUUUUGGUGAGUUUUAGGACUUCCUUUUCGUUCCCCAACCUGUGCUAGUUGAUGCAAGAUGCAAGAGGAAUAUUUUAAUCUAUACUAAUAAAAGCCAAAGCCCUCACUCACUCAUCACUAAUUCUCCAACUUCCCCUAUAGAUAGCAGCCUGAAUUUUGGCGAGCUUAUUCCUUACAGCUCACUUACAAAAGUUAGUUAGGUGUCAUUUCGAAAUUUUAUACCGUAUAGGGCCGGAAGCCCAAAAUGUCAUUUUUUUCAAAUAUGAGCUAUAUAAACAAAAUGAUCAACAAAUACUGCUACAUGCAUAGCUAGAUCUUGACCAAACUUAAUAUGCAUACAUUUGAUUAUCUAUAUUCAAAUACCGAAGGUUAAUUAACACCUAAUAUCCAUCCCUCUGUAGCCAGGGGCCCAUAUCAUUUUUCCUUAUAUAAGCAUUAUAAAUAUCAAUAUGCUUAGUACUCCUACAUGCAUGGAUGGAUCUUUACCAAACAUUAUUUUGAUUAUCAAUAUUCAAAUUCCGAAUGGUAAUUAACUCAUAAUAUCCAUACCUUUGGUGCUGGAGGCCCCAUUUAGUUUUUUUUUUAUAUGAGCUACAUUCUCCAACGUUCGCUGUAAAUAUAAGCCUGAAAUUUAGCAGGCGUAUUCCUUACUUACAAAAUUUAAAAAGGUUUCAUUUCGAAACUCUACCCAGAACGGUCACAACCGUGGGCGCCGAAUUUUGAUUUGUUUUUUUCAUAUAUGAUUUAUAUAAAUAAAAUUAACAACAAAUACUGCUACAUGAAUAUCUGGAACUUGACCAAAUUGUACCUCUAGGGCCAGGGGCCCAUUUCAUUUUUUAUUUUAUGACCUAUUUCUCCAACUUCCCUUGUAGAUAGAAGCCUAAAAUAGAGCAGAGAUAUUCCUUACGGCUUACAAAGGUUAAGCACAUUUUUUUUUGAAACUUUAAUUGGAACGGUCACAACCAGGGGCCCCGAUUUUGUUGUUUUUAACACGAGCUAUAGAAAAAAACUUAACAAAAAUACUGCUACAUGAACAGAUAGAUCUUGACCAAACUAAAUAUACUUACAUUUGAUUAUCCAUAUUCAAAUACCGAAGGAUUAUUAACACAUAAUAUCCAUCUUCUGGGGCCGGAGGCCACAUGUCCUUUUUUUCCUUAUAUAAACUCUAUAAAUAGCAAUAGCCUUGGUACUCCUACAUGAAUAGAUGGAUCUUGACCAAACUUAAUAAUAACAUAAUCUUGAUUAUCCGUACUCAAAUAACGAAGGGUACUGAACUCAUAAUUACCAGACCUAUAUAAAUUAGUCAAAUUUUUUAGUCAAAUCAGGCCCUUCCUAACAAUUGAUACAACAAAGAGGCUGAUGUCUGCAUUUGUGCUAUCACGCAUGGACUAUUGCAAUGCUCUCAUGGUGGGUCUUUCAGCUACGCUCCUGGAUAAAAUUCAAAUAGCACAGAAUAAUGCGGCUCGCAUAGUUCUCCGCAAACGCAAAUUCGACCAUGCAAAAACACUUCUGAGAGAGUUGCAUUGGCUGCCGGUGCGUGCUCGCAUAGAGUACAAGAUCGCAACUUUGUGCUACCGCUGCUUACAUGACCUGGCGCCGUCCUAUCUGAAAGAGCUGCUGACGCCUUAUGUACCCAGUAGAGAGCUCCGCUCAUCCGAUAGUGGCAAACUCUCGACACCACGUGUUUGCCUUGAGACUUACGGAAAGCGCACUUUCGCAUUUGCUGGUCCAACAAUUUGGAACGCCCUUCAUGUCGAUCUUAGAAACAACCAGACACUGGAGUCCUUUAAAACCGAUCUAAAGACACAUCUAUUUCGCAAAUACCUUCUGGGAUGAUUGUCUACCUUAUUUUCCAGUUAAUGCAUAAUGGCUGUGUUGCUCCGGGUUGAAAUGGCUAGAAAGACUUUGAGAUUGUAUGCUUGUAAUUAGUUUUUGUAGUGUUGCAUUUGUUUUAAAUGUGGUAAAUUAUAGAUAUGUUUUUUGUUGACUUUGGGGAUGAAGCGUGUUUUUGAAAUGAACUUUAUUAUUAUUAUUAUAAAUAUCAAUAAGGUUAGACAACGCAAUAUUUUCUAUGUGAUUAGGUGGAUCUAGGUCUAGCUUUGUAGCAAUACCAUUCUUAUUCAGUUUUAAAAUAUCGUUUGAUUUAAUAUCCAAUUCAUUCAAGGCCGAUCUAAAAUUUUCUAGAAACUUCGAUAGUUUAAAAAAGCUAUGUCUAUGGCAUAUGUACACCACUUUUAAUGGGACAAGUUUUAAAUGUAUAAUUUAUCUCAAUGAUUUUUUAUAGCCCCCCCCCUCCCCCCCCCCACAAUCUUAGACAUAAAUAAAACAGUAAUUUAUUAAAUGAACCCCUAAUUGGGCCCCCAUUUCAAUUUAAAUGUAUCGUAGUUGGUAGCAAAAUGUAGUUGUAUAAUAAUUUCGCAAUCGAGAAAUAAUUAUGUAGAAAUGUAAUUUUUACACAUUUCAAGGAGGAUAUUAAAUUUAAUAUAGAAUGUUCUAUACUUUUCUAGGGGAAUAUAUAAUUUGAUCUAAAAGGUUACUCAAACCAAAUCGCACUGAGCAUGAUUCAAUAGUGAAACAGGAUCCUAAUGGGACACAUCGGUUAUUCGUUUCCAUCGGGGAACAGGAUACCAUCGAGAACGCAUCGGGUAACUGGCUCAAACCGGGAUCAGGAUCCUAUCAGGAGAAGUGAUAACAUCGGAGAGUCCCUAGGUGGAACGGAUCCCUCAGUGAACGUUAGCCUAACGUGAUAGAAGUCAGUGCGUAACGAAUUCGGGUAGCUCGUCCGCGAUUACUGAAUCAAUAUUACUAUUAUUUUUCUCAAGUCCCCAAUUUUCACUAAUUGGGUAACUACUCCGGGAUACAUCUGAAUCCACCUUUUUAUUUCUUACAAGUCUCCAAUUUUAACAAUUGUGGGCUCUUCCGAGGAUAACUGAAUCCAUUAUAUAUUUUUUUCAUGUUCCCAAUUUAACAAAUUGUGGGUUUUUCCUUGGGUAUUUGAAUACAUAUUUUUUUAAUACAUUUAUAAUACAUUGAGUGUUUGUCUGUGGAUAUUCACCCACUGUUUACUUUAAAACAGUCAGACUAAAUUGAGUUCACGAUACCAUUUUAUGAUACCAACAACAGAGCUGGUUACAAUUUUCUUUAAAAUUCAAUUUUAAUAAGUGUGUUCAAUAAGCUUACAUUUUUUAUAACACUAAGUGUUGUAUUUUGCCUGUGUCAAAAUAGAUUUUGAUGUUGAUGUUGAAAACCCAUCAGUAGAGGCAUUAGACAAAAGUUCUAGAAAGGAGCUAUUUUCCAUUGCUAAAGAUUUAGGAAUAAACGUAGCUCAUUCAGCAGUAAAAUAUACCGUACACGAUAUCCACUUAGUGGAUGAAGAUGUGUUGUCUGAAGACGAACUGGCCUCAGUCACACAACCGCAUGAUUCUAGUAUGGAGCUCCAACUGAAACUUAAAAAAAAUGGAGUUAAAUGCUCAGAGAGAUAGAUAUAUAAAAAAGAACGAGAGCUUAGACAAAUGGAGCUAAAUGCUCAGAGAGAGAGAGAGAGAGAGAGAGAGUUGAAAGAGAACGAGAGCUUAGACAAAUAGAGAUAAAUGCUCAAAGAGAUGAGAUGAAAAAGAACGUGAGCUUAAGCAAAUGGAGCUAGAGCUCCAAAUAAAAUUAAAAGAAAUUGAGAUUCAGAUACAUAUUUUUACCUUCACGACAGGUGUAUUAUUCUUUGGGGGCUUAUAUGUGUUUAUUCGCAUUGACCAUUCAUCAUUAUUAAUUGGCACAUUGUACUAACUGUAUUAACUGUGUACCGAUACAAGAUCUAACAUACUGUAAGUUGAUGAUUUGCUUUUAAUUGUAUUAUUACCAAAUUAAAUCUUUCUUAAUUGUGAUUGGUACUAUUUUGGGUGUCGUAAUUUUGUUAUUAUAUUUCCUCUAUGGUAUCGUCCUUUGUUAGGCACUGUUUGAACGAGCCAUAACUUAAAACAAGAGAUUAAUUUCUCACAAUAGAAGCCAGUGCGUGACAAAUGCAGGUUUCAUUUCAAAACUUUACCCGGAACGUACUCAACCAUCGUAGCACCAUAUAUAUCCACACACAUGUUUAUUAGUUUUUCGUGUCAUCCAAUGAUUCGGACACACUAAUAACACUCACGAGGCAACUCAUGGACCCAUACAGCAUUCAUACUAACACCAGUGAUUAUCAUACGUUUGAGAAUCUCAAAGUUUAAAUGGGCUUUACGCCUGAUAUUGGUAUAUCAAUAGUUAUUAAUCAAAAAAAAAAGUAAUGUAUUUAAAUGUUUAACUACCAACACAUUUCUAUAGAGAAUGUGGAUGUAUUCGUUUUAUGUGAAUAGCAAUAUAUUUAAAUCCAAUGAAAUUACAAUGAGAAAAACUAUGCGAUUCUCUUUUAAAAUAAUUGUUAAAAAUAUGUCAGAAAGAGCAGUCGAAGAGUGUUGUAAUAUUGUAGAGACAUGUACAUUAGUACAUCCAUACCUUAGAUCGAAUAAAGUUUUUAAAAAAAUUAAUUUGUAUUAAUUUGAACCCAAUGAAAUGUGCUAUAUUUUUCAAAAUACACAGUUGGAGUGCAAGUACAAGGACACAUAUUUAUGAAGACACCCAAUGUUUUAAUUUUUCUGAAAAAAAAUUGAAAGAACGAGCGUAGAGACUUUUUUAAAUCAGCAUAACUUAUGUAUAAACCCUAUCAUUUACAUACUGGAAAAAUAAUACUUAAAAUUAUUUUUUUUCAAUUUUCAAAAAAAAGUUUAGGGCUUGAACAAGUAGGUGUUAAGAUUACCUCAAAAUUGAAUGAUUUUAUUUUUCCAUUUUCCGAAAAAUGCAGACUAUAGGCAAGGGAACAUUCUAUAAGAUGAAAAAUAGUUCUUAAAAAAACAAGAUUAUUAGGCUUGCGAAUUUGGAACAGAAAUUCGUCUUGAAAUAAAAAUUUAUGUUUUUAAUGAGUUGCAAUUUUAAUAGAAAAGGAGCAAGGCAUAGGUUAUGUAAUUAUUUAAUAAUAUAUAUGUUUCAAGUUAAUGCUACAUAUAUUUAAAAUGGUACAAAUGGUGUGUUUUGUAAAGUUAAGGAGUUGGUUUUUUUCAAAAUUUAAUAAUUUUUUUUUUUCUUUUUAGGUAAAAAGCUUGAAAAAGAGUUCCGGUUAGCUCUAUCCUCCGUGGAAAGCCUACCCUCAAGGUUUGAAAAAAAAAAAAAAACUUAGCUAAAAAAUCGAAUAGGAAAAAAUAUUUUUUUUAAAAAUUUAAUAAUUUUUUUUUUUCUUUUUAGGUAAAAAGCAUGAAAAAGAGUUCCGGUUCGCUCUAUCCUCCGUGGAAAGCCUACCCUCAAGGUUUGAAAAAAAAAAAAAAACUUAGCUAAAAAAUCGAAUAGGAAAAAAUAUUAUGAGGAAUACUUUUUCUUUCCCACUUAUUUGUUGAAUUAUUUCCCGUACAUGCAAAUAAACAUAGUUUCUCUUGUGGCUUCAAAGCCUUAAUGUUUGUUUUUAAAAUAUAUAUAAAAAUGUAUUAGUAUGAUAGGAGUACACCAACGACUUUUUAAAACUUAUUUGCGAGUUAGAGAAGAGGGUAUUAUUAAUUAACAUUUACAAUUAAUUAACAUGUAUAAAACAAUAAAGUAUAAGAAUGUAUGAUAAUAUCCUUUUUUUUUUGGUAACUCUGCUUUUUAUCUGGCUUUGGUAGGAGUAUUUUUACAUAUUAAUAGUAUCUAAUAAUUCAGGAAAUAUUUUAAUAUUAGAUUUGUAUUAUUUGAUCAAUAAAAAAAAGCAUAUAAAUUCCUGAAAAAUAAUGUUGAUGUUAAUUAUCUGGUCAUUCACUAUAAUGAAAAUAAUUUAAUUAUCUUCCAUGGUCACACACACACACACGAAAACAGCAGGCCAACAAUAGUGGAAAGAGCACAAGCUUCAACUGAAAGUGGUUUUGAAAAAGAUUCAAUUUUUCCAAUAGUGACAGGAGUAACAGCUUCAUUUGAAAGUGGUUUUAGUGAAGAUGAUGAGAGUAAGUUAUUUAAACUAUUUUAUUAACAUUUUUUACAGAAAACAUUGUGUAAUAACAUCUUUAAGAUAGGCCUAAAUAGCAAAUAGAUUAAUCAAGUUAAACUGAUUUGUGGAAGCUAUAAAUCCAAAUAUUAAAGAUCGGGAUCCCCCGGAAUCGAGAUACCAACAGGAUCGGGAUCCCACCGGGAUCUGGUUAGCCCCUGAAUCCGGAGCCACAAGAAAAUGAGAGAAAAUAAAACGGGAUUGUGCCGGGAUCAAGGUCCGAAUGGGAUUGGUGUCUCAUUGGGAUCGGGGUCCCACCAGGAUUGGGUCAUAAUGCAAUCCCGGGCAACGCCGGGUAUAUCCGCUAGUGUCUAUUUAAAAGUGAAAGUUUUUUGUGGGUCUGUUUGUUCCACAAAUGCUUUUACAUGAAUAAAUGGAUCUUGGCCGAACUUGGCACAUAGAUCCAUCAUUAUCUAGAAGGAAGACUUAAGGGGCUAUGAAGUUUUUUAUAACAUUACGUUUGGGGCCCAGGGCCCAAAAUGUCGUUUUUUCCUUUAUGAACUAUAUAAAAAUAAUUAGAAACAAAUAAUCCUACACAAAUAAAUGGAUCUUGACCAAACUUAGAACACAUACUCUUUAUUAUCCAUACUCAAAUACCGAAGGGUACUGAACUCAUAAUAUCCAUUCGUCUGGUGCUGGGGCCCCCAUUUCAUUUAUUUUUAAAUAACCAAUGUAAAUUUCAAUAGGCUUAGACAACACUAAUAGUUUUAUGUGAAUUUAUGGAUAGAGGCCUAGUCGGGUAGCAAUACCCUUUAUUGUUCGUAUUGAAAUAUCGGUGGCUUUAAAACUAAUAAUAUCCAAUCUAGAAUUUUCCUGAAAGUUCCAUCAUUUAAAAAAGCUAUAUCUAUGGCAUUAUUAGGAAAAUUUUAAUGGGACAAAUUUUAAUUUUUAACUUUAUUAUUUAUCUGUCUAAUUUGAUAGCCCCCCCUCCCCCCAUCUCGGGCAUAACUGUAUUGGUACAGUUAUGGAAUGGGCUCCCUGAGGCCCCUCAAUUAGCUUAAAAGAAAAAGAAUUAUAACAAAGGUGUUGUUGAAGAUUUUUAAUUAUUUUUGAAAAAUAAUUAGCUAAGUAGUUUUUACACAUGUUUGGAGCAUAGAAUGUUCCAGAAAAUUUUUAAUUGUUCCAAAGGGAUACAUAGUGGGAUCUAACGAUUUAUUGAAAGGUUUCUUAAUUCUAUUCAUUUAUAUACUGUCCCAGAGUUCACUGUUCUCUCAGUAACUGUGAGUAAUUUUUUAUACGGUAUCCCAAAGGGGUCGUGAUCCCAUCAUAAUCUUUAUGCCAACGUGAUCAGGAUCCCACUAGAAAAAUGGGAUACCACUGGAAUCGGGAUCCUAACCUUAAAUGGAUCCAACGGUAUCGCGAUUACACCAGGAAACGUGACCGCGCCGAGAUUGAUGUGGUGUCAGAAUGGGAUCGGGGUCCCAAUAGGAUCGGGGGUCACGCCAGGAAGGGGUCAUAAUGCAAUCCCGGGCCACACCAGGGAUAUAGGCUAAUAAAAAAUAAAUUCAUCCUGUUUAAUUGAUUUGUGGAAGUUAUAAAUUCCUAUACCAAGGCUUAUUUUUUUUUAAAGUAAAGAUAUUAUUCCCUCAAGCAUUGUCAAGUAAAAAUUAGAUCAAAAUACAUUUAAUAUGUUAUAUGAUUCUAGCAACAACAAAAAAAACAACACAUACUUCACUAUGAGGACGGCGGCUGUGUCCUUUAAUUGUUGAUUACUUCGUAAAAUAUGACACGGUCUGUUUUUAAGAACACUAUUCACAAUGUUUAUGGUAUUUUUUUUUUUUUAUUUCAUUUAACUGAGUCAGUAAAAUUCCAUAAAGGGAGAAAAUUAUGAUAGGGAACAAUUGUAAAUGUUGAGGGGUUAGCGAUCUUUUUUUCUUUUUAUUCGUUGGAUUAUUUACUGUACCUGCGGUUUACGGCGAACGUUAAAAAAAAAUCUGUUGACACCUGUUACGUACUGUUUAUAAUUCUUGAGAAUUUUUAUCGCUUAUUUAAGUAUACGGCUCAUUGAAAAAAACAGUACACAACAAAAGACGAUGCCAUCAAUUAAAUACAAUAACAAAGAAAAACGAAACUAGGACUAAUUACGAUAAAUAAUUUUAUUAAUUUAAUAAUAAAUUAAAAAACCAAAAAGAAAUAAAAACAAAUCUAUUGACUUACAGUGUAAUGUUGGCUUGUACUGGUCCAAUGUCGUGGAAAGGUACAAUGUCGAAAAAGAAAGUACACACACACAGAGAGAGUGAAUAUAAACUCACAACUCUUGGUCUUGUAAUCUUGUUAGCUAAAAAUCUCGGUUUCGAUCCCCCUUGAGGCGUAUAAUAUACAUAGCCUUUAUCAAAUAUAUUUUAAGAACGGGCUUACACAUUGUAUUCCUUUUCUGAUUUGUCAAGAUCUUUCUACAGAAUUCUAAUGAUACAGGCUAUAGAUUCUAUUUAGAUGUCGACAAGGUCAAGGGAGACUAUUUUAAAUUAGCCACAACCUAAGUGUGCUUUCGAAACAAAAUAUUUUUUACUACUUCUUUUAAAUACAUGACCACCAACUCACCCCUCCCCCAAGAACAUCUUUUUCAAUAUCACAUAACCUCUCUCUCCUAUCAUCCAUAUUUUCUCCUAAAUAAAAAAAACUGAACCUCCUUAAUUUUCCCUUCCUUUAUAAACCCUCCGCUAAACGGUGUACACAGCCAAAAACUACGAUAUUGGUUGCUCUGCCUCCAAUUCCUCAAAGAACAUUUAUAGCAUAUUUACUUCUGAUUCUGAACCUGAGGUUAAAUAACUUACAAUUUGUAAUAUGAUACAGAUCCUACAGUCUGCCUCUCCGAAGGCGUCAGUCCAUAUGGCAGAAGACAUGAAGCUAAAAAUUGCUCUUGCUUGGACACUCCCUGAUUUGACACCAUUACCAAUUCGACUAGACCCUAGCUUGCAUGUCAUCAAGUAAUUGCUGUACCAAUGAAUUAACUUUCUAUGGCAUUUAUAUGAUCUUUCAAAGGCUUGCUAUAAUAACAAAGUCCAAAGAAUUGAUCAAAGAAUAGGUGGAUAACAGGUCAACACUGUUUUUCCUUCCAUUUUUUAUGUACUGUCUGGUUGCAAACACCGUAUCAAUUUUAUAACGCUUUUGACGAAAACCACAUUAACAUUACGGCAGGUAACCCUUCUCUAAAUUCUUAUGAAGAAUGGUAGGAAUGUUUUAGCCAGUACCUUGGCUGCAAUCGACAAAAUAUUGUAUGACACGGUAAACGGAUGUUUCCACAGUAGAUGAGCCCUCUUGAAAUCCUGUAAAAUCAUCACUUGCUGACAUAUAUGUAAAACAUAAACUGCUGGUUAAAUUUUCGGUCAAAGAUAUACUCAUUUUUGGUAUAUUUUAACUGUUAUUGAUGGAUCACGUUGUGCUUUGAGGGUUCUUCUAUGUCUUGAUACUGAAACUCUAAGUAGGCGAUUUAAGGCUUCAUCAUUCAUGGAUUAAGGACGAUUUAGAUGCUGUCACAACUUCAAUCUUUGUGUUCGAAAAUAUUUUCUUAUUGGUUUGAAUUUGUUUCAUCAGCACUCAGAAGUAAUGAUGAUUCUGAUGGUGCGGCGUCUAGAAUUUUUUUUUAAAGAAUGGAUAGUAAAUUAAUCUGGUCAUAUCUGUCGGCUUAUACAUGAAUCGAUACAGAUAUGUCGACAAUGACUUUUCUUGCGUUUGUCAUAGUUUUAAUUUCACCGUUCAUCUAACGUUAUGGACCGCUUCUUUCAUAGGAACUGAACACAGCUUGUUUAGAUAGGCGCGGAGACGUGUUUUUUUUUAUAACCUUCCAGCAGCGUCUUGAUAACGCAAAACAUUACCUAAAACCUUUACUGAUGGUUUUCCUUCAGCUUGUUUACAAUAACUACAUAUCGAGAAUGUACAACAUCGCUUUAAGCGAAGUCACGUUGAUAUGAACGUCAUUAGGGAUCACUGUCAACUCAAGCAUUGAAGUCACCCAGAAUUAUCAAUCUUUCCCGCUUAGUAAUGCCGGCUAUGAAAUAUUGAAGAUACUUGUUCAACAAUGUCUGUGUUUCAUCUGGGUCUUGUCAUUGUUAGAGCAUAGAAUUUUAUAUACGUGAGGUUUUUUCUUCCACAUGAGAGGGGUAUUUUAAUUUUCAUAUUAUUCCAUCGUUGACACCCAUUGUGAGUCCAGACAGCACAAAAGUAUGUUAUGAUUUAUAUAGUGAAAUCACAUCAUUCUCACUACGUUUUAGGCUUCCUCGGACACUCCAAAAAAAAAGGAAUAUAUCCUGAGUAUCUUUCGCAAAGUUGUCCCUCACCUGAAAGCCAGGGAUAGUUGAUAGUUUAGCUUGGUGGACCUAAUUGCUGCUCCUUUUUAGCGUUGGACAGCCGUAAGUCCUGUCCCAUCUAAGCGCUGGUUUGUUACUACAGUAUACCAAAACCUGCAGCUUCACCGCCUGCCAAUCUCUAUACACUUUAUAGGUUGUGAAAAUGGGAAAGGAAUGACUGAUAAGUAAAAUGAUUAGCGAUGUGAUGUAGAUUUAAGUAAUCAAGCGUUGCGCUUGUCAUCCAACUCACUCUCUUGCCCAGUGACAACUGGAUCCAGCAGCAAAACAAAAAUAUGUUCUUUUGUUGAUGGAGUUCGAUGUUAAAUUGCCCAUUGUGUUCUACGCGUCUUGAUAUGCUCUGAGCAGUUCACUUCGCAUUGCUAAUUCUAUCUUUUUGCCCCUUGAACUACUAGCGGUUUCUGUGUGCAAUCCACUGGAUUUUCAUCCUACUCGGGGACAAGUCAUUUUACCAAAGACUUGUAGUUCCUCGGCAUCCCUUAACCUGGUUUUAGCGACGGUUGUAAAUGCCACAAAUUGUCUGUGCCAGCAGUGAGAGCUGAGCACCCUUUUGGGAUCAAUGAUUGAUUAAUUACCUAAAAUUGGUAUGACUAUUGCCCUACUCCUUAAAAUUACCUGCACCAAGACCAAUUGAACUCUUUACGAUUUCCUUUAAUGAUACGACUAACUUAACCACAGCCUCCCACUCAGAACAUAAUAUUUUUAUUUAAAACCCAUAGCAAUCUAAAAUAUCCGUAUACUUAAACGUAGCCCAAAACCCAGAGUUACAAACCUUUAUUUCCCCCGCACUUCUCCUGACCAUGUAUGAAGGUUUAAUUUCCUGUACAGCCCCUCUUCCUUGCCUCAAAAUGGAAGAGUUGUAUACAAGUCUGUUUAAUAACGAAAGGAAGAUUCAAUUUCUAUUUGAGAAAUAAGCCGCACGUUUCAACUUUGAGUGAGUGAAAAUUUAACAUUUUUAACAAUGAAAUAAAUGGAAAAAUAAUAACAUUGGUUACAAAGUUAAUUGUCCUGACAUAGCCCUCCACGAACUAAUACACGUUUGGUUUUGAAAAUUCAUGUUCUGUCUCAAGACUUAAUAUCGAACGGCGCAAAAUAAUGUCUGAAAUGAUUCAUAUCGUUGGAAACACCGCCUAAACACAUCAAAGUAUUUUUCUAUUGAUUUUAAGCCCACCUAAACAAAAACAUUUUAAGUCUACUGUAAACUGGAACUCAUUUUAAAAUGAUUUUAUUAAGUUUUCAUUUGGUCGAAAUCGAAAGCUGUAAAAAAACUAUAAAUAAAAAAAGUAUUUUCAAGAAAGUUCUUAUGUUAAAAAUAAUAUCAACAUAUAUCUAUUACAUUGUCGAUUUUCAAUAAAUUAGUAAGAAGAAUGUAUAAAGUAGCCAUGUAUCAAAUAACAAAAAACAUUGUAAAGGUGCUGGUUUAUUUAUUUACUUACUACGUAUAAACAACAGUAGAAAAUGCAUAAGAAAAUAAUCAAUGCUGUUCAGAAUGAAAUCCUACACAAUCUGUCACACAAAAAAUAGCAACAGCACUUCUAUUAAAAAUAUAAUAAUUCUCUAUACAAAAAUGCUAACUGACUCCUACACCAACAAUAAACAACAAAUGCUCACAUUCUCUCACAAAAAUGAACUGAGAAAUUUUCCCCCGCGUGCUUUUUUUUUCAAGAAACCUCCUGUCACAGAUGCGUGAGUUAAAAUCUUGCUUGAAGGAAAAUAACAAAAGCAUAAAAUACUAUCGUUCGUCCACUCGCAUAAAUCACAAACAAUACGACCUGCCAUAGCAGAACUAUUUCACUUCAUAUGAUCGUGACGGUAACCAGGCUAUAUACUUGGUUAAAUUUCUCUAAGAUUACCCAAAGACGAUAAUCAGCCAUAGUAUUCUUGAAAAAAAUUGUCACUUCUUUCUGCCCCUUUUAGAAUUUUACUGUAUUUAAUUAAAAAAUAAAAGCCUAUUUGGAGUCACAAUUCAUGCGUCUAUCGUGAUUAGAAAUUGCCGUUAAACCAAUAAUUACUUUUAACUGUAUUAAGCCACUGGCAAAUGUAAGACUGUAAAGUUUUGAAUAGUUAUAUUGUUCAUGCAAUUCGCCUGAUACCAUCCUAUAUUGUAUAUUCAAAAUUUAAAUAUAAUUACCAUUCCUUUUCGAUUUAAUAAAAUAUAAUAUAUUUAAAGCUCGGAUGAACUGUAAAAAAUAUUAAUUUAUCACUAAAAUUAUGUAUUGUCCAAAGCUUUUUUUUUUAAGUUGUUUUAUAUAUAGUAAAUUUAAAUAAAAUCAUUUGUAUUUUAUUGAUUUUUUUCAUGAUCUGAUUUAAAAAACAUACUAUUUAGUACUGAACGUAUAAAGGAUUAUCAUACUGCUCACAAAAAUCAUUUUAAAUAAAUACAUAUAUUAGUAACUUAUUGAAACUUUUACAUCUAAAAAAAAUUAACUUAACUAUUAUAUAUUUUAAGAUAAAAGUCCACAACCACAGACAAUAGAUCUUUGGCCCGGAGAGAUGCAAAGGUAAUAUAAUGAAACAUCUCGUAUUUAAUUUAUUAAGGUAUUUUAUUAUAUUUGACAUGCUGUUUAAAAUUUUUUUUAAAUGCAUAAUUUGAUUCUAAUUAGCGCAUUUCUGAAAGAUAAUUUUUACAUACAUCCUUUUAUUGUAACAAAUAAUAUUUUAAGUAAAAAUUUCAACAAUGUUUAUGAUUCCUAAAGCCCGUAAUUUAUUCUCUACGAACUAAGACGCGAACAGACUACUACACUUUUUAAAUGUCUAAUGCCACUUCUAAAUGUAUCUCUAUUAAAUUUAGCGUUAAAUCUAAACAAACAUAUAAUGGGAAUCAUAUCAGUUAUAUUUUUUAUUUUCAAUCUAAAAUGCACCCCCUACCUUGCACGCAUUUGGGGUAACCAAGUAUGAUUAAGACAGAUAGGCACCAGCAGCAUUGCAGGAGUUGACCCAAUUUUAAUUGAACUACCUUCUACGAAAUGCCAUAUUUGGGAUGGAGUGCAAAGUUUUCCUUCUCUUAGUUUUCCGGAUCUCAUCCGCUUGUGACUGAUUUUAAUUAAUAGCUUGCUAAGUUUUUUGCAGGGAUCAGCAAGUUUGUAAUUAAUGCAAUUUAGACAAGCAAUCCCAUGUCUACAUAUAUAUCUCAAAUGUAUUUCUUUUCUUACGAGAUGUAAGGCAAAAUUUCCAUUUGUAAAAAUUUCAAUUUUUUACAAGUCUUCAAAGGUGUUGGUGUUAAAAAAAAUAAUAAUUCCAAUAUUUUUUGAUAAUACUGCUAUAUUUUUGAACUAAUUUGAAAUAUGUAUGUUUUUUUUAAAAAUAUGGUUCACCAUUAAUAAUAAGCUAACAUGACAUGAGCACGAAAAAAUACUGUAUGAGAAAUUCAAUCAAAAACUCAACUACAUCAAACAAAAACUGUACAAUUUCGGAGUAAACAAUCAAGUGGUUAACUUGUUCUGCAGUGCAACAAUUGGAAGCCUACUUAAUUUCAGUAUCACUUACUGGUGUGGGAAUUCAACGUCUCAUAUUAUAUGGCAUCCUUCCGUCUUCGCGAGACAAUGCAGUAGCUUUAUAGUUCUACACUUUGACGAGUGGCUCACUAGGCCAAUCCUUGAAUGGCAAUCACGACCGCACCUCUCUCAGGAGAAUUUUGAAUCCCGGUAAAUUCUUGAUUUUCGAAUUGUUCUUUUUGAUUCAAUGGCCUCGUUUCGAGUAUCUUGUGCCCUUUUUACUCCUUCAAACACUGCUGUUCGCAAGUUGGAGCGAUCUUCGGCAAUAAAAUCCCAUUCGUUUAUUUCAAUAUUGGCUUCCCUCAUGCUUCGUUUACAAACGUCAAUAAAUCUCAGGGGCGGUCUUGUCCCUUCUGCCAACUCUCCAUACAGCAGUAUCUUUGGGAUACGUACUUCCUCCAUCGCCGUACAUGACCUAACCAGCGAAGGCGCCUCUUGAUUAGAAACGAGAAUAUGCUAAACAUGUGUGCACCUUCCAAAACCUCCACGUUAGGCACCCUGUCCUGCCAACGAAUGCGCAAAAUGCGACGCAGACAUCUUUGAUGAAAGCUGUUGAGUUUCCGCUCCUGGUUGGUAUAUGUGGUCCACAUUUCACUACGAUAUUGGAGCAUGCUAAGUGCAAAUGCCUGAUAGACACUUACUUCUGGUUUAUCAGUUAGAUUGAGAUUAUUUCACACCCACUUAUUGAGUUUAGCCAUAGUUGCUGCUGCUUUUGCAAUCCUGAUAUUUAUCCCUUCAUCAACGGAGAGAGAACUAGAAAUAUCGGAUCCCGGGUAUAUGAAAUGAUUAACAACCGAAAGAUUAUGACCCUCAAUAGAUAUGAUUGGAGGGGACGGUGCUUCUUGCAUCAUUACAUGAGUUUUCUGUAGACUAAUCGAAAGUCCAAACUCUGUACAAGCGUGUGAUAGACAAUUAUCCAGCCCCUGCAGACCUUCUUCUGUGUGAGAUGUUACGGCGACAUCGUCAACGAACAGCAGUUCACGAAUCAGCACCGUUUUUACUUUGGUCUUUGCAUGAAGGCUGGUGACAUUGAACAAUCUUCCAUCAGAUCUUGUAUGGACGUACACUCCAUUUUCACAGUCACUGAAAGCAAAUUGAAGGAGCAUCGAAAAGAAAAUUGAAAAUAGCGUUGGUGCUAGUACACAACCCUGUUUUACUUCGCUGCUAACUGGGAAUGACUCAGAGACAGUGCCAUUGAAAGUUUCUGUGAUGUGCAUGUUUUUGUGAAAUGACUCUAUUAUUGUGACCAGUCUGAUAUUAAACACCGCAUAAACCGACUAAUCAAAAAAGCUAAAAACAUAACACAAACUAAUCAUCCUUCAAUUGAAAAACAAUUUGAAGAAAUAUGCUAUUUUAAAACUAAACACAUUUUGGAUGAUACAUCACACUCUCUUCAUCACAGAUACUUAGGAUCGGGCCGUUCGGGGCGAAUUCUAUCCGUCAGGGCGAGGACUGACAGAUAUACCAAUUCUUUUGUUCCUUAAUCUGUACCAUUUUACCAGCGUGCUCCCCCUGAAGUCAAAAAUAGAAAUGAGAACUAAUAAGUCCCUGAUAUGGCUAAGAGAACUCAUGUAAUGGCUGGUUCUGUUUUUGUUUUGCUAGCGAAUCCUUUAUUAUAAAUGUUUUCUGUUUAAAUUGUUCUUUUUAUGGGCUGAAAUAUACAAUGCAAUAAAAAACCAUUUCCAUUUGUUUUGAUCAAUAAAAGAAUCUUAUCUUAUCUUAUUUGUUUAUGGCAAUUUUAAAUAUGGACAUGAAUUCAUCAUAUAAUCUUUGUAUAUGUUCUUGGCCGUUAUCUUGUGUGGCAAGUAUAGCCUGGAGUGAGGCUCUGAUUCAUAAUAUUUUUUAUAGACACAGUAUUCAAUAUUUUAAAACUUAAUUAUGGAUCUAAAAAAAACUUUGAGUACGUCCAUAUUUAUCAAAACACAUUUACAUUAAAUUGAAUUGAAUAUUUUGAAAUAAAGAAUUCGUAUAUUAAAAGAUUUGAACAUGAUCAUGAUGUGAUUUUUCAGAAAUAGAGAUCAGGAUAAAUAUUCUUCAUUGGAAUCACCAUCUACAAGUGGUAUGUCCUCUUUAAUUAUUAUACAGUCUACUUAAAUAAUUAGUUUUUCUACUUAUUUAUUCAGGAGGUUUUCCCUUUAAAGAGAUAAAUAUUUGAAAGUGAAUACCGUGUAUUGGAUCUUAAUCAUUUUUCGGAAAAAUAAAAAAACCUUGACUUGGUAUAUUUUUUUUGUUGUUGAGACAAUCAAAAUCCACUUUGAAUACUUUUAUUUUAUUUUUCUUAAUAUAAUGAAAUUUAUGCACACAAAAAAAUGUAACAAUUGGUGUUUUCCGUUACCCUUUAUUUAUUUCUGAUACUGCGUAGGACCCUGAUGUAAUCUGUGCAAUUCCUGGAUGGUUCGUAGUCUCCAUCCAAAUUCAUGCUUUGCUGGUCAAUAUAUUUUCCUGAUAACUUUUCUCUCCCAUAUGUUUAAUAGGUGUUUUGCCGUUUUUGUUAGGGUCAAAGAUUUACAUGCGUAUGUUACAAUGUUGUUGUUUUUUUAACAAAAAAGUAGUAAAAUGAGAUUGCCCACAUUAAAUUUUUAAAAAAGUACUUAGCAUCUAUUUUAUUUGAAACGUUUAAAGGCUUAAUAGAAACGUAUUUUAAGUAUGUAUUUUAAAAAUAUUUACAUCACUUCAAAAAUGAUAGAAUUUAAAUUACUUUUAAGACAUUUUUUUUUUCUGUGACGUUGCAAAGGAUUGCAAAGAGUAUUAAUGACCUAAUUUAAAGAUAAUUGUAGAUAUUUUUUUCAGUCCAAUGGGUUUAUUGAAUAACUCAAUAUAAAUUAAUAAAACAAAUAAAUAAUAUAUUUUAGUUAACAAGGAUUUAUGUAAUUUAGUUAAGUGAUCCAUAACCUUUGUAAAAAAAAAAAGGUAAGAAGAAUGUAUGAAGACUAAAUGUGAUUUUUUUUUGGUCGGAAACAAAUGUGUAAGCUUAAAAAUUGUGAAAUAUUUUUUGUAUUCUGAAGAUUUAGCCUAGAAAAAUGGGCCUAAAUUAUGUGGUAAUUUUAAAAAAAAAUUGAAGAAUUCAUUUAUUUUUAAAAAUGUAUAUGAAUUAAAAAGAAAGAUAUCUGAUUUUUUUUUUAAAGCAAGACAUUGUUAAAAUUAAAGUGCAUUUUGUCAAGAUACAUUUUCAGACAAAGGCAAUGAUUGCCUUAUCUAAAUUAUUAUUAAAUAAAGAAUUUUAUGUUUUGUCUUUUUUUUAAAUCUAUGUUUAUAUCUUAAUUAUUUCAGUGCUCAAAAACGACUCUUUAGACUUACUUUUGAUUGGAAAAACUGGUGAUGGAAUUAGUGAAACGGGAAACACCAUUCUGGGAAGACAAGUUUUUCCUACUUCAAGUGAUGUAGGGUCAUUAACAAUGAACGCACACUAUGACUGUUGCCAUUUUGAGGGUAAAGACAUAAAGGUUGUUGACUGUCCCGGACUCGGAGUUACCAGAUUAGGAGUUAAGGAUGAUGUUCAGCAGUUCGCAGAUGCAAUAAAUAUUGCUAUCGCCAAUAAUCCUAAAGGAUAUCACGCCAUAAUUUAUGUUUUUAAGUUUGUUAAUAGAUUUACCAAGGUAGAUGAAAAGAAUGUUUUCACUUUAAAAGCACUUCUGGGUGAAAAUUUCAUAAAAGAUCAUGGCAUUCUUGUCAUGACUUACGGUGACAGUUUUGUGACAGAGCCGACUGUGAGAGAGCAAAAUCUUUCAUUUGAGGAUUGGUUAAAAAAACAACGUAACUCACACUUUCUAAAGUUCUUAGAUGAAUUUCAGAACAGAAUAAUACUCUUCGACAAUAGGACAAAAGAUUCAGAAAAAAAAUCAGCCCAAGUAAGAAAACUAGUUGAAGUUAUAGAAAGUUUUUCAACAAACGGGAAACGUUACAAAAACACAGAUUUUGAACGAGUGGAAAAUCUACGAUCCGGACUACUAUCAAGCUUAAGUAAUGAACAAGAGAAGCAAGAUGUCAUCGACAAAAUCGGUAGGAUAAUUUCCAAAAUAAAAAAUGCAACAGAUAAUGAAAAAGGUUCUGACAUGUUGUUGAAGGUAAGUCAAGAAAUUGAAGUUUUAGAGAGUUUUGUUAGAGAAGCUUUCGUAAAGAAUGAAAAGCUAGAAACAACUUUGUCUCUAAUUACACAUAUGCGUGAGGCCUUGCAAGCUAAACAAAAUGAGAUAUCAAACGCUAUUGAUUACAGAGACUUAUUGAAGAAGAAAAGAACACAUUUUGAGAGAGUGAGGUAUGAAAGUCGAAAGUAUCAGGCUGAUGACCAAGACACUAAAAAUAAGACCGCAAUACAAAAGAUUGAAAAAGAAAUAGACACACUUGAGAGCGUAUUUCAAAUGUCAAAGGAAAAUUAUUUUUCGGAAACCAACAGGAAAAUUGAAGAGUUACUGAGGAGAUAUGUUAUUGAGAAAAACAAAAACUCAGAACCAAUUAUUCCACAUCUUAUUGAUUUUAUAGUGAGCAUGUUCCCCAUUGAAAAAUUGUUAUCUAAGAUAUCUCAAUACUAAAAAUGUAAAGAUAUUUAAUUUGUUUAAAAUCUUUUGUAUAUUUCAGACAGCUUAUUUGAAUUUAUACAUUUUUAUCUUUUGUUUAACUGUUAUUUCUAUUAUAUAUCUUUAUUUAGAGUUUAUUUGUUGUAAAUAUUUAUUCAAAUAUAAUAAUCAUUCAGGUAAUCUGAUUUUAUUUUGAAAAAAAAUUCAUUUGAGGAGAAGUUUCAGGAGACAAAAAUUUAAGAUUUAAGGUUUGAAAUAUGUAAAAAUAGUUCCAAAUAGACAUUAGGUUUUUAUGUGUUUAAUCUAAUUUUCAUUUUCAAAAAAAAAUAUUUCAAUUAUAAUAAUUUUUUAAUGAUCAAUGUACUACUGUAUUUCUAUCAUAAUACUAACAGUUUAAUUCAUUCUGUCUCUUUUAAUAAUUUUUUUAAAAUAUUAUACACAAAAACAAAACAAUUAUUGAUCUUAAAGAAUAAUAUUUAAAUAUUUUUCAUAUCAAUAAAUUGGUUCACUGCUCUGUAAUUACGCUCAUUGAUUAAAUAAUUAAUACUAACAAUAUAAUUCUUGUUUUGGGAAGAUCAUUCAAUUUUUUUUUUAUAAUUUAAAUUUACAAGAUUUUAAGGAAAUUAUUAUGAAAUCUAAGGUUACAUAUAUAAGAAAAAUAAUUCAUGCAAGCAUAGACACCGAAAUUCAGGUUGUUUACUCUCCUGUAUAAAAUAAUGAUAUUCACAUUACUUUAAAAGAUGAUAUAAAGGGUAAAUAUUUAGGAUAGAAAUUCUUGUGAUUCAAUUAUAAUAUGUUUUUUAAACAUGCUUUUCUAUGAAAUAAAUGUAUUGGAUUUCUUUUUAAAUUGUUAAAUCCUAUUCUUUCAUUUAGCACUGUUAUCGGAUGCCAUUUAACAAAAAAAAAAAAAAGAUACAUCAACUUAUUUUGUACUGUAUUUCA